AAACAAAAAACAAAAAACGAAAAAGAAAAUCUUUUAUGAUUUCAUAGAGAUUCUUCAGGUUCUUUUUCUGUGGAAUCUUUGCUUCAUCCUCUUUGGUUUCAGUGUCUCUGCAAACAUGUAUUUGCCAGGGGAAGAAGGCCAGAAUCCCCCGAAACGCAGCUUCUCUGAAAUCACUGAUGCUCCUGCUGCUGCCGCCGAUCAAGAUGCUUCAAAGCGCUUCAAUCCCAGAAGGUAUCAGACACAAGUGUAUGAGGUUGCUAGGAGGAGGAACACUAUAGCUGUGAUGGAGACAGGUACUGGGAAGACAAUGAUAGCUGUGAUGCUCAUUGAUGAGAUUGGUCAAGCUAUCAAGUCAUCUGGUGACACCAAAUUGAUGAUCUUCUUGGCCCCAACUGUUCAUCUCGUUCAUCAGCAAUUUGAGGUUAUUAAAGAACACACCAGUUUUGAAGUGGAGGAGUAUUAUGGAGCCAAGGGAGUUGAUGCAUGGGAUAAGGAGCAUUGGGAGGAGGAAUUCAAAGCCCAUGAUAUACUGGUUAUGACGCCCCAGAUUCUUUUGGAUGCCUUAAGAAAGGCAUUCUUGACUAUAGAAGCAGUAUGCUUGUUGAUUAUGGAUGAGUGCCAUCGGGCUACUGGAAACCACCCUUAUACAAAGAUCAUGAAGGAAUUUUAUCACAGGUCUAGUAUCAAGCCAAAAGUUUUUGGAAUGACGGCUUCACCUGUCAUUCGAAAAGGUGUCUCAUCCAAAAUGGACUGUGAAGAUCAAAUAUCAGAACUUGAAAGCAUUUUGGAUUCCCAGAUUUAUACGGUUGAAGAUAAAACAGAGAUGGAAGUAUAUGCCCCUACUGCGAAAGAAACUCGCAGAUUUUAUAACCCAACAUGGUUUUCAAGUUUGGAUUUGAAAGAAAAGAUCAAGGCAUCUUGGACGAAGAGUGAUGCUAGGUUUUUGAAGCUGCAAGAAUCAAUUCAGAGUAACUUCAAAGAUUUGGAUGACAAAGUUAAAACUCUGCGGAAACGAUUGUCUAGUGACUAUGAAAAGAUCCUUUAUUGCCUGGACGACCUUGGUCUUAUAUGUUCUUAUGAGGCUGUGAAGGUCUGUCUAGAGAAUGCUCCUACUAGUGAAGAGUGUGAAGUUUAUAGAGAAAGUUCUUUGCAGUGCAGAUAUUUUCUUGACGAAGUUGUUGGUAUUAUAAAGCAAUCCCUUAUGAAUGAUUUUGAAGAUUUUUUGGAUGUUGGGUUUGACUAUUUAAAGGCAGUAGAUUUGGGCUACGUAUCACCAAAGUUAAAUGAACUUGUUCAGCUCUUCCAUUCGUUUGGGGUAUGUAGUGAUCUAUUGUGCCUCAUCUUUGUGAAUAGAAUCAUUACAGCUAAAGUAAUUGAAAGAUUUAUGAGAAGAGUUACCUCAUUAUCUCAUUUCAAGAUUUCUUAUUUGACCGGGAGUACUACCUCAGUUGAUGCUCUGACACCGAAAAUACAAAAGGAGACAUUGAAGUUAUUCAGCUGUGGGGAGGUCAAUUUAUUAUUUUCUACCGAUGUAGUUGAGGAGGGAAUUCAUGUUCCAAACUGCUCCUGUGUUAUACGUUUUGACUUGCCAAAGACAGUGCGUAGUUAUGUUCAGUCUAGAGGACGGGCCCGUCAAGAUAACUCUCAAUUCAUUUUAAUGCUAGAAAGGGGAAACGAGCAACAGAAAGAUCAACUAUUUGAGAUCAUCAAGAGCGAAGGUUUGAUGACAAAUACAGCUCUAAAUAGAGACCCAGAGGAAAGUGUUUUGAAACCAUGUACACUUGAUGAAAUAAGUGAAUAUAUUGUGGAUUCCACUGGAGCAUCGGUGACAGCAGAUUCCAGUGUCCGUCUCCUACAUAAGUAUUGUGACACACUCCCCAGAGACAAGUACUUUAUUCCAAAGCCAGCUUUUCAAUUUUCAUAUCUCGGAGAUUUUUAUGAAUGUAAGAUUACAUUGCCUCCAAAUGCGGCUUUUCACACCUUGGUUGGUCCUGCAUGCAAAAACUCCGGUUUGUCAAAGCAGUUUGCAUGCUUAGAAGCUUGUAAAAAGCUGCAUGAAUCAGGUGCCUUGAAUGAUCAUCUUCUGCCAUCCACUAAUAAGUCUUUGGAAAAAGAUAUGAAUGUAGAAAGAAAAGGGUCGGCUUCUGGCGCAGGAACAACUAAGAGGAAGGAACUACAUGGCACAACUGGCAUACACGCUCUGUCUGGAACUUGGGCAGAAAAACUCUAUGGUGUUGUUUUUUAUGCCUAUAAAUUUGACUUCUCCUGUGAUAUCGUUACCGAGCUAUAUUCUGGAUUUAUUCUUCUGAUCGAGUCAGAGCUUGCUGAGGAUGUGGGGAAUAUCGAAUUGGAGCUUUACUUAGUUUCAAAGAGAGUUAAAGCUUCUGUUUCUUCCUGUGGGCAAGUUGGUUUGGAUGGAGAACAGAUGGCGAAAGCAAAGCUCUUUCAGGAAUUUUUCUUCAAUGGGUUGUUUGGAAAAUUGUUUCAUCGAAUCAGUCCAGUUGAAAAGCAGAGAGAGUUUUUACUUAUGAAAGAUACUAGAAAGCUGUGGAGGCACUCAUACAUGUAUUUGGUUCUUCCACUUGAAACAUUAAAUGAUUCAAAUAAUGAAUCUUGGACAAUAAAUUGGGGAGGGAUCAGUUCUUGUGUUUCUGUUGUAGAGUUCUUGAAGCAGAAUGUGGGUGCUCCGCAUCGUAAUGGUGAUGCAAGAACUUCAGUGCAAAACAGAAUUGUUUCAUCUGGGACUGGAUGCAAUAGUUCACAGAUACUGCAUCUUGCUAAUUCUUCUGUUGAUGAAAAAUGUCUUAAAGAUAUGGUGGUAGUGGCCGUCCACACUGGAAAAAUUUACUCUGUUUUUGAGGUUGUAGGUGACACAUCCGCUGAGAGUCCUUUUGACACAUCAGAGUAUAAUACCUAUGCUGAGUACUUCCACAAAAAAUAUGGGAUCCUGCUCAUGUAUCCAGGUCAGCCUCUGUUGCGGCUGAAGCAAAAUCAUAAUCCGCAUAACCUUCUUGUCAACUUCAUUGGUGGAGGUGGGAGUGGUAAGACAUCAGAAUCUGGCCUUGUUAAUGGAAAGGAACGUAUGUAUGCCCAUAUGCCUCCUGAGCUUCUCGUCUGUACUGAUGUGCGAAGAGAAGUUUUGAAGUCAUUUUAUCUACUACCAUCAUUGAUUCAUCGACUAGAAUCAUUGAUGUUAGCUAGCCAACUCAGAGAAGAGAUUAAUACUCAUCCUAGCAGCUUACAAAUAUCAAGCUCAUUGAUUCUAGAAGCACUCACAUCAGUUAGAUGUAGUGAAGAUUUUUCCAUGGAGCGUUUGGAAUUACUUGGUGAUUCAGUCCUUAAGUAUACUGUAGGCUGCAGCCUCUUCCUAAAGUAUCCCGAUAAACAUGAUGGACAAUUAUCUUCUCUGCGCCAGUCUGUAAUUUGUAACGCAAACCUGCAUAGAUUGGGGAUAGAUCGAAACUUACAGGGAUAUAUACGUGACGGUGCUUUUGAUCCACGCCGUUGGGUUGGUCCUGGACAGCUCUCUAUACGACCUGUUCCUUGUGAGUGCGGAGUAGAUACCUUAGAAGUUCCAGUAGAUAGCAAGUUUCAAACUAGGGACCGCGAAGUUAUGGUUGGAAAGUGCUGUGACAGGGGCCAUAGAUGGAUGGGUUCCAAAACAAUCUCUGAUUGUGUUGAAGCCCUUAUAGGAGCUUACUAUGUAGCUGGUGGAUUAUCUGCUUCAGUACAUUUUAUGAAGUGGCUCCACAUUGAUGUAGAACUUGAGCCGUCCUUGGUUUCUGAAGCAAUUACUGCCGCAUCACUUCAUUCUUGCAACCCAACUCUGGAUGACAUUGGAGUGCUAGAGUCAAAGCUUAGUUAUGUAUUUUCUACCAAGGGUCUCUUACAGGAAGCCAUAACACAUGCAUCUGAGCAAGAAUCAAAACUUGACUAUUCUUACGAGAGACUAGAAUUUCUUGGUGACUGUGUGUUGGACCUGCUCAUCACAUGGUAUCUCUAUCAGAGCCACAAAGAUAUUGAUCCAGGCGAGUUAACUGACUUGCGAGCUGCUUCAGUUAACAAUGAAAACUUUGCUCAAGCUGCUGUGAGACACAACCUUCAACAGCAUCUACAACAUUGCUCUGGGUUACUUCAAAGUCAAAUAAUAGAAUAUGCAAAGUCGCUUUCUGAACAUGAUGGUGGUACCAAACUUCAGGGCCAGAAAGGUCCUAAGGCUCUUGGAGACAUGGUGGAAAGUAUUGCAGGAGCAAUACUAAUUGAUACGGAGCUUAAUCUUGAUGAAGUCUGGAGAGUAUACAAACCACUCUUAUCUCCAAUUGUGACCCCCGAUAAACUUGAGCUGCCUCCCUUGCGUGAACUGAUUGAAUUAUGUGGCUCCCUCGGGUAUUUUUAUAAAGAGAAAUCCAUCAAGAAGGGUGAAACAGUUCAUGCGGAACUUAGCGUACAGCUGAAAGAUAGCCUGUUGAUUGGAGAGGGGAUUGAUCGGAGUAAAAAAAUUGCAAAAGGAGAAGCAGCUCAUCAUUUGUUGAAGGAGCUUGAGAAAAGAGGUAUUACACACCCUGGGUCCGCCAGGAAGAGAAAGUUGGAUGUCGACCAAGUUGGUGAUUCAUUUCCAAAAAAGCGAAAGAAAACUGUGAUGCAUCUUCCUAUGGAUACAAAGUCCAGUAAUUCGGCCACUGAAAGAAAAAUAAGUACUCCCGAAAAAGACAUCCCAGUCAUCAAAGCAAUUAACAUGAAGAAAGGAGGACCUCGAGUCUCUCUUUUCGAGCUGUGCAAACAACUACAGUGGCAAAUGCCUACCUUCAAACCAACAGAAAAGGAUUUUAGUUUCAUAUCAACAAUAACAUUGUACAUACCCAAUUUCGGCAGCAUUGAAUGCACAGGAGAUCCUAGGUCAGAUAAAAAGAGUUCACUAGACUCUGCAGCACUUACCAUGCUUUAUGAUCUCGAAAGGCAGGGUAGAAUUAUUAUCGGUGGAUGUUAAUUUCAUCUGUGAUGCCUCCUUUGUAUUAUUAAUUAGGAUUAAGAACUGGGAGGGUGGCACCUUUUUAAUCCGGCAUCCCACUUCUCUUGUUGUGGAGCAGCCAAAAUCUGGCUUGGGUAGUCAGGAUAUGGCAUCACAGAUAACUAUCGGAUAAAGUGUCCAGAUACCAUCAAAUGUAUCAUGUAUUUCAUGAACCAAAUAACAUUGCGUUCAAUAUCA